UGUUGAGCUCUUCUCAUCUGCACGUCUCAGGAAGAGAAGAACAAUGAACCUGUUGUUUUUACUUUGCGUUCUUUGUGUGACCUUUACAGGUUUGUGUGAAGGCAGUGGGGUGUUGGUUGACGAUCUGCUGAAUGCAACUGUAGGAGGGAAGGUGCUAUUCACCACAAAGCUGACGCCACAAGAUCCACCUGUGACUUUCCAAACUGUGAUCUGGAACUUUAAUACUAGUAGAAUAAUAAGCUUCAGCGCAACUGUGAUUAACACUACACCAGGGUAUGAAGACAGGAUCACCCCCUUCAUAUCUAGUGGAUCCCUGGAGCUCAGGAAUUUGGCUCUUACUGACAGUGGAGAAUACAGAGUUAGCAUUAUAACAUCUGACCUUAACAGUCAAUCAGGAAGCACCACACUGAUGAUAUAUGAGCCAGUCUCCAAUGUGAUGACAACAACCAGCAGCCCAGACUUGGUAGAGUUCAUCAGCUCCGUCCAUCUGUCCUGCUCCUCCUCUGGAACUUCGCUCUCCUUCCUCUGGCUGAACGGCAGCUCAGAGUUCACAGCCAGCGACAGAGUCACUGAUGAGGGCUCCAAACUCACUAUUUUCAAUGUGACCCGUUACGACCAGGGACCGUUUAGCUGUCGUGUCGUAAAUCCUGUCAGUAACGUCACCAGUGAUCCAGUGUUCCUCUCCGUCAGCUUUGGCCCAGAAAAUACAAGAUUAAAUCUGUCUCAAUCUCAACUUUAUUAUGAGGACGGCUCAAACGUCAGCCUGACGUGCUCAGCUGUCUCCAGACCUCCUGCUCACUUUCAGUGGAUUGGAGACAAACUGUCUGUUUCUGGACCAGAGCUCAAACUGCUCAACAUUAAAAUGAACCAGACUGGGAACUACAGCUGUGAGGCCUCUAACAACAAAACUCACAGAAGUCAGACAUCUCAGCCUGUAUUCAUCUCUGUACUACAGAGAAUAUCAGGUGCUUCUGUCAAAUCCACAGCAAACCCGGCAGUUGAGGGAAACUCUGUGAACCUAACCUGUGAGGCCGCUGGCUCAGUCUUCAGCAGACAGUGGAUGAUAAACGACUCCGAUCUGAUCCAGACCGACACCAUGACACUUAACAACGAAAAGAGCGUGUUGUCUUUUCAGCCACUGAAGAGAACGAACAACGGAAAAUAUUCCUGCAAAAUCACGAACCCCAUCAACAGUGAUAAGGCUGAAUACAACAUGGUUGUAAACUACGGACCAGGAAGUGUCCAAAUCACUGGUCCACAUGAGAUAAAUGUGAAACACACCUUAACAUUAACCUGCUCCGCUGAGUCCACACCAUCGGCUACUUACACCUGGUUUCUGAACAAGACAGAGAUACUCAGCCAUUCUGCCGUGUUCACUAAAGACGUCACUGAGUUUUCUGACGGUGGAUCCUACACCUGCACAGCAACGAAUUAUGUAACAGGGAGAAGGUCAACCGCAGAACAUGCAUUGUCCGUGAUAGUCAAACAACCUCCAAGUUGUAACUCUGGUUGCAUUGCUGGAAUAGUAAUCGCUUGCUGUCUCAUCGUUGGACUUUGUGCUGGUGGAUUAUAUUUUGUUUCUCGAAGAAGAAAACAGCAAAACAAUCUGUCUCAUGGAGACACCAGAACUGGUUCUACAGGAGGUGGAAGGCAGAACAACGUGGCAUCGUCAAGUAAUCAGGAUGAGAUCUAUGAAGACAUUGAUUUGGAGCAACCAAGGGAGGCCGCUCCACAGUCUGCUCGUCUCAUCUGCACAUCUCAGGAAGAGGGAACAAUGAACCUGUUGUUUUUACUUUGCGUUCUUUGUGUGAUCUUUACAGGUUUGUGUGAAGGCUUUGGGGUGUUGGUCGACGAUCUGCUGAAUGCACCUGUAGAAGGGAAGGUGCUAUUCACCACAAAGCUGACACCACAAGAUCCACCUGUGACUAUCAACCUUGUGUUGUGGAGCCUUUAUCUUAGUCCCAUAAUAUCCUUCAGCGCAGGUGGGAACACAGUUACACCAGGGUAUGAAGACAGGAUCACCCUCUUCAUAUCUACUGGAUCCCUGGAGCUCAGGAAUUUGGCUCUUAAUGAAAGUGGAGAAUACAGAGUUACCAUUAUAACAUCUGGUGAAACCCACUUAGGAAGCACCAGACUGAUGAUAUAUGAGCAAGUCUCCAAUGUGAUGAUAACAACCAGCAGCCCAGACUUGGUAGAGUUCAUCAGCUCCGUCUAUCUGUCCUGCUCCUCCUCUGGAUCCUCGAUCUCCUUCCUCUGGCUGAACAGCAGCUCGGAGGUCACAGCCAGCGACAGAGUUCAGCUCACUGAUCGGGGCUCCAAUCUCAUUAUUUUCAAUGUGACCCGUUACGACCAGGGACCGUACAGCUGUCUUGUGGUAAAUCCUGUCAGUAACGGCACCAGUGAUCCAGUGUUCCUCUCCGUCAGCUUUGGCCCAGAAAAUACACGUUUAAAUCUGUCUCCAUCUCAACUUUAUUAUGAGAACGGCUCGAACGUCAGCCUGACGUGCUCAGCUGACUCCAGACCUCCUGCUCACUUUCAGUGGAUUGGAGGCGAACUGUCUGUUUCUGGAGCAGAGCUCAAACUGCUCCACAUUAAAACGAGCCAGACUGGGAACUACAGCUGUGAGGCCUAUAACAACAAAACUAAGAGAACUCAGACAUCUCAGCCUGUAUUCAUCUCUGUGCUACAGAGAAUAUCAGGUGCUUCUGUCAAAUCCACAACAAACCAGGCAGUUGAGGGAAACUCUGUGAACCUAACCUGUGAGGCCGCUGGCUCAGUCUUCAGCAGACAGUGGAUGAUAAACGGCUCUGAUCUGAUCCAGACCGACACCAUGACACUUAACAGCGAGAAGAGCGUGUUGUCUUUUCAGCCUCUGAAGAGAACGAACAGCGGAAAAUAUUCCUGCAAAAUCACGAACUCCAUCAACAGUGAUAAGGCUGAAUACAACAUGCUUGUAAAAUGUUCUACAGGAGGUGGAAGGCAGAACAGCGUGGCAUCGUCAAGUAAUCAGGAUGUGAUCUACGAAGACAUCGAUUUCUUAAAGAACCAAGAGGGUGGGACGGUGCAGCCAGAGUUAGAGAAAAACUCCUCCUAA